AUGUACCGCUACAUUGGACUGCUGUUUUACAUGGCUAUGGUGAAGAUGAGCUCCAUCAGUGACUACUGGCGGCAGAGCAGUCUUUUCUCUGUGCCUUUUCCUGCUACAAUCAUGUCAAGAGACAGAUACUGCACCAUUUCAUGGAAUGUGCACAUGAGCCACCCAGAUGAAGACAAGGAGAAUGACAGAAAGAGGGGAACAGCUGAUAAUGACAGUCUUUUCAGGGUCAAACCACUCAUGGACACAAUCCGCCAUGCUUGUAAAGCAAUCUACCAUCCUAAACGGAACUUGACUGUGGAUGAAAGAAUGGUGGCAUGUAAAGCAAACACUGGAAUGAGACAAUACAUGAAAGCCAAGCCAACCAAGUGGGGCUUCAAGUUGUUUGUCCUUGCUGAUUCAUCAAAUGGAUACACUGUGGACUUUUCUGUGUACACAGGAAAGAACAACUUUCCCACAGGGCAUGGACUAUCAUAUGAUGCGGUGACAUCUCUUCUGGACUGUAAAGUUUUAGGCUCUGGGUACCAUCUGUACAUGGACAAUUUCUACACAAGUCCUAAGCUCCUGACAGACAUGUUUGCCAUGAAGUUUGGUGCCUGUGGGACAUACAGAGACAACAGGAAGGACUGCCCUCGUAAUGCAGCUAAUUCACUCUCUAAAAAAUCUGCCAGAGGAUCCAUCAGGUGGAUUCGGGAUGGAGCUCUUGUAUUUGUCAAGUGGAUGGACACACGAGAGGUAUCUGUCUGUUCUACCAUCCAUGCUGCUUAUAGUGGAGACACUGUGCAGAGGAGGGUGAAAUCACAAGGUACAUGGAGGACAAAGACAUUUCCGUGUCCUGCACCUGUGACUGCAUACAACAAACACAUGGGGGGUGUCGACCUGUCUGAUCAGCUGAUACAACACUACACAACACAACACAAAACAAUGAAGUGGUACAGAAAGAUCUUUCUACACUUCCUGGACAUUGCUGCCACAAACGCUUUCAUUAUACACAAAGACCUAUACGGUACCAUGACCCAUACAGAGUUCAUAGAACAGCUUAUUGCAGAGCUCUGUGGUGUUUUGUCACAGAAAGCAGCUCCAAAACGGACAAAAAGUGACCAUGUACCGGUUCCAGGAGCAGAACUGACAUCAGAUGCAAGGAAUAAUGCCACCGCUGGUUGUCGGAACUGCAUGCUUUGCAAAGUACAGCUUGGUAAAAGGCAAGACACACCUUGGAAAUGCCAGGCAUGUGACAUUUACUUGUGUCUUCAGUUGAAAAGGAACUGUUCACCACCUCCCACUGACCAUUGGGCUGCAAAGAUUAUCUAUAUGUGA